CAUGGAACAGAUAAUGAGGCCCCCUGCAACUGGAUCUAGCAGUGGAGGAGAUCAGACAACUCUGAAUUCAACAUUGGCAAGUGGGAAUUUAUAGCUAAGGAUCGAGGUUUCUGGACAAAUGGCCAGAUGGGAGAAUUUUGCCAGUUUCGCCAUACCCCAACAAAAUAAUUAUUACUGCUACUGGCAAAGCUACAGCUGCGCAACCGGUGGGAAUGGACCCAGCCUUUUCCCUGCACGCGAGAUACCUGAACACCCAGCUGGAACUUCAGGGAUGCCUCAGGAAAUCACAGCUGCAGCUGAAAAUCAAAAUGAGGACCCACUAGAAGAUUCACAUCUUCAUUUGAAUAUUGAAGAAUUAAACAAGGAGUUUAUGUUGAAAAGUGAAGAACUCUAUGACUCUCUCAUGAACUGUCACUGGCAACCUCUGGAUACAGUCCACUCGGACAUCCCGGAUGAGACGCCAAAGUGA